AUGUCGGACGAGGUUUACGAAGGCGCCAUUGGCAUUGACCUUGGCACGACCUACUCCUGCGUUGCCAACUAUGAGGGCACCAACGUUGAGAUCAUUGCCAACGAGCAGGGUAGCUACACGACGCCGUCUUUCGUGUCUUUCACCGACAAGGAGCGUUUGAUCGGUGAGGCCGCCAAAAACCAGGCUGCUAUGAACCCUCAGAACACGAUCUUCGACAUCAAGCGUCUCAUCGGUCGGCGGUACGAGGACCCCAUUGUCAAGAAGGAUGUUGAGUCCUGGCCUUUCAAGGUCGUCGACCAGGGUGGAAACCCCGUCGUGGAGGUCGAAUACCUGGGAGAGACCAAGACUUUCACCCCCCAGGAAAUCUCUUCCAUGGUUUUGAUGAAGAUGAAAGAGGUUGCCGAGACCAAGCUCGGAAAGAAGGUCGAGAAGGCUGUCAUUACCGUCCCUGCCUACUUCAACGACAACCAGCGUCAGGCGACCAAGGAUGCCGGUGCUAUCUCUGGCCUCAAUGUCCUUCGUAUCAUUAACGAGCCCACUGCCGCCGCUAUCGCCUACGGUCUCGGCUCUGGAAAGUCUGACAAGGAGCGUAAUGUCCUGAUCUACGAUCUGGGUGGUGGUACUUUCGAUGUGUCUCUCUUGAACAUUCAGGGUGGUGUUUUCACUGUCAAGGCUACUGCUGGUGAUACUCACCUUGGUGGACAAGAUUUCGACACCAACCUCCUUGAAUUCUUCAAGAAGGAGUUCCAGCGAAAGACUGGCAAGGACCUCUCGGGUGAUGCCCGUGCUCUCCGCCGCCUGAGAACCGCUUGCGAGCGUGCCAAGCGUACUCUCUCUAACGCUACUCAGACUACUGUUGAGAUUGAUUCUCUGUUCGACGGAGAGGAUUUCAACUCCUCUGUCACCCGUGCUCGUUUCGAGGAUCUGAACGCCAAGUCUUUCUCUGGUACCUUGGAGCCCGUUCAGCAGGUCCUUAAGGACUCUGGCCUCGAGAAGAGCGCUGUUGAUGAGAUCGUCCUUGUUGGUGGUUCCACUCGUAUUCCCCGUAUCCAGAAGUUGCUCAGUGAUUUCUUCGACGGCAAGAAGCUGGAGAAGAGCAUCAACCCUGACGAGGCCGUUGCCUACGGUGCUGCUGUCCAAGCUGGUAUCCUCUCUGGAAAGGCUUCUUCCGCUGAAACUCAGGACCUGCUCCUGCUCGAUGUUGUCCCCCUCUCUCUGGGUGUCGCCAUGGAAGGCAACAUCUUUGCCCCCGUCGUGGCUCGUGGCCAGACCGUCCCCACCAUCAAGAAGCGUACUUUCACCACUGUCGUGGAUAACCAAACCACUGUUCAGUUCCCCGUGUACCAGGGUGAGCGUACCAACUGUGCCGACAACACUUCGCUUGGCGAGUUCACUCUGGCUCCCAUCCCCCCCAUGAAGGCCGGAGAAGCUGCUCUGGAGGUUGUGUUCGAAGUCGAUGUCAACGGAAUCUUGAAGGUCACCGCCACCGAGAAGUCCUCCGGCCGUACCGCCAACAUCACCAUCUCCAACGCUGUCGGCAAGCUUUCCACUACUGAGAUCGACCAGAUGAUCGAUGAUGCUGCCAAGUUCAAGUCCAGCGACGAGGCUUUCACCAAGAGAUUCGAGUCCCGCCAGCAGCUCGAGUCCUACAUCUCGCGCGUGGAGGAGAUCGUCUCCGACCCCACCAUGUCUCUGAAGCUGAAGCGGGGUAACAAGGAGAAGAUCGAGUCUGCCCUCAGUGAUGCCAUGGCCCAGCUUGAGAUCGAGGAUUCCACGCCCGAGGAUCUCAAGAAGAAGGAGCUUGCUCUUAAGAGACUCAUCACCAAGGCUAUGGCUACCCGGUAA